AUGCAGUCGAAGAGGCUUACCACUGAGCCUCCAUGUAUAACAGAAGAAGUGUUUGAAGAAUGCUUAGCCACAGACGAUAUGCUUGUGGACUACUUUAACGAAUUUUUGAGUCUUCCGACUUUUGCACAGCCAGUUAAGUUUAACUCUGACUUUGGGGUUUUUGAAGUAGUUAAAGAUGCCCCACAACACCUGGAAAGUCAGCUGAAAAAAAUUCUACAUGAUCAGAAGCCUCUAAACCCCAUUUAUGAUGUUCUAAGGAAAGUAAAGAAUGAUGGGCAGGUCUCCAAAAUGUGCAGCACUUCUCCAGCCUUCAAUAUUGAUCCAAAUUACAACACUAUGUGUCUUGAUCGAGAACAAGCAAUUCAGUGGAUCAAGAAAGAAAGGCUUCCUGCAUUUCUAGAAAGCGACUGUUACUUUGAAUACAGGCUAGCUAAAUUGAUAUCACAGGUAGAAUGGAGCAAGACUGGUAUUAAUUUUAUUAUAGAUAGUGACUAUUAUCCCUGGAUAAAGAAGAGAGACCCAAGUCCUCCCUCUCCUGAGGAGGAUGACACUUCAUUGGCUAUGAAGAAGUUCUACGUAUCUCUUGGCCAGGCUAUGGUUUCUCAGACAAAGGAUUGGUUUACUUUAGCAAAACAAAGUGAAUCCAUGAAAACUACAGAUUCAUCUAUGCAUCCUGUAGCUUCCAGUCAAAUUCAAGAUACUCAGCGUUUGCCUGGGCAGCACGAAAGAAAGGAUUCAUUAAGCAAAAAAGAUAACUUCCUGGGUAAGUAACAGGGGCUCAGCCAUAGUAUUACUAACGCAAGUCUAACUAAGGAGAGAUCCAGAGAGGCUGAGGAGGGUUCUUCUGUGGCCAUUGCUGAACCUCAUUCCCACACUCAGUUAAGAGUUUAUCUAGACCCGAAAUGGGACAGUGCAGCAAAAGAAGAAAAUGGACAGGAAAGCACAACUUUUCAGACACUGGAAGAAUUCCAGCCAGCUGCUGACACUGAGAGUGAUGUGGAUUUCCACAAACAGCCUGAACCACUCUUUUCCCAAAGUUCUUCUCCAUUAACUGUCUUGGACUCCAAGGGAGAUGUAAGAGAACGAGAUACUGAAGAAGUGAGCUUAAGAUCAAGUUCUGAAAGUGAUGGGGCAGACAGUAGGGCUGCCUGGUGUAUUAGUCACAGAACUUACGACACUGGCAACAGACAUGAGUUUGAAAGAUUCAAGAAGUUCAUUAAAGGAACACUUGGGGAGAGGUACUGGUGGCUCUGGAUGGAUAUUGAAAGAUUAAAGGCUCUUAAGGACACUACAAGGCAGCAAAGGCAACUCAUGAAGAUGAAAAAACUCUAUCUGCUGAGCAGUGGAGACUAUUUCCUCAGUUUGGAAGUGUUACUCAGACUUGAUCUAGUGCAUGGAGAUCAGUGGAAUACAAAGCAUUUAAGACAGAUUCAGCCUGAAGUGGUGAAACCUCUACUUCUUUACUGGGGUCCCAGAUUUUGUGUCACUCAUUCAACAGCAAUAGAAACUGCCAGUGCAAAACUGAAGCUCUGGCACAUGUGCCAAGAGAGACCAAGGGUGGACAUUGAUCCUUUUCCACAGAUGGUAUCACUGCUACAAUUGACACCUAAGUCUUGCAUACCUAGGAUACCACCUUCCCUUCCUCAGGGGAAAUGCACUGCUGGCAGUGUUGUCUUAAGGGGAUCAAGAAUGGAAAGCAUGCUGCAAUCUCUUUAUUUGGAGAACAGAGCAGGCUACUACUUCACACACUUCUGUGAGAAGUCAGGGAGUAAGUUGUGGAAGAACAGUGUGUACUUUUGGUUUGACCUACAGGCUUAUCAUCAGCUUUUCUACCAAGAAACUCUUCAUCCUUUUAAAAUAUGCAAGCAAGCUCAA